UCAUUGGGGAACAAAUCAUGUAAGAUUGGAAGAGUGAUUGUAGCAGGAUGCAUCAUUUAUCUCAUUAAUGUAAAAGUAACUCGUUCCUCUUUCUAUGUAUCUGAGAUUUGAUCGCCGGUUCGUUGGAAAAGUGUGGUGACAAGCUACGAAGAUGGAAGAGUGGAAAAGAAGCAUCGGUACUCUCAACGAAGAAGUCCUAAUUAAGCUGUCAAACAUGUUGGACAACUCCACCUGCGGAUGGAGACAGCUAGCCAACGCGGUGUCUGAGCAGCCGAAAUUCCGCUGCAGUGAACGGGAGCUGACCAGCUGCUCACUCCAGGUGCUGAGUGCUGCAGGCAGCCCAGGGCGCAGCCUCCUGGCGUGGCUGGCUGAGCGUUCCUGCUCCCUGGACUUCCUUCUCCACUGCCUGAGGAAGAUGGACCACCAGGAAGCUGUGCAGUUCCUCACCACUGCAGUGGCAGAGCAGAUCCAGAUCACAGUGCAGCCGGAGUCCCAGCAAGCCGCACCUGGAAGCAGGGUGGUAUUGACCUGCAGGGCCUCUGGUCCCCCUGGACUCAGCUAUCAGUGGUUCAAAGGCAAACAGGAGAUUUUGGGUGAGACAGGGAAUUCCUCAGAGCUGGUUCUGUGCUCUUUAAGCCCUGCCCACCAGGGUCAUUAUAUCUGCAGGAUCAAUCAUGGAGAAAAAUUUGCUUUCUCUCAGUGGGCUCAUGUUCGCUUGGUCGGCUGUGCAGGUUCAAGUCCAGGCUGCAGCAGCAGUCUGUUUCCAGGUUCAGUGAGUGGGCUGCAUAUCAUCCAGCAGCCUCAAUCCCAGGCAGCCUCUGAGGGGGACACUCUAAUCUUGGAGUGCACCGUACAGGCCAACCCACCUGCCCAGUAUGAGUGGUACCACAACAAAGUGCUCAUGCCCCAACACAAGACGCACUCACUCAGGAUCCCAUGUGUGACCACAGCACAAAGAGGAGAGUACAGGUGUAAGGUGUUCAAUUUGUAUCACGAGAUAUGGAGCAACACAGCAACAGUCACUGUAGGUCCUGGUUCUGUUACUGACGCCUCCUGGGUAGAAGUUGACCGUGGUCUAGAGUCACCGACAGUCCACAAGUUAACCCAUGGAACAGGAAUUCAUCCACUUCAGCAGAUCUCCGAUUCACUCCCAUCAGCCAAGAAUUUUUAUGCCACAGACAAAGUUGCUCUUCUGAUUGGUAACAUGAACUACCUCUACCACACUCAGCUGUGUGCUCCCAUUUCCGACGUCCACGAGUUGACCAACCUUCUUCGACAAAUGGACUUCAAGGUGGUUUCCUUGCUCGACCUCAACUGGCAGGAGAUGCACAGCGCUGUUACUGAGUUCCUGUUGCUGCUUGACAAGGGAGUCUAUGGUCUGCUAUAUUUUGCCGGUCAUGGCUAUGAGAACUUUGGAAACAGCUUCAUGGUUCCCAUUGAUGCGCCGGUCUCCUACAUGUCAGAGCACUGCUUGUGUGUACAGAAUAUACUCACUAAGAUGCAGGAGAAACAGACUGGCCUCAAUGUAUUCCUGCUGGAUAUGUGUCGCAAAAGAAACCCAUAUGAUGAUGUCAUUGUGCGGCCUGGACUCUUGAAGGUCACAGCAAAUAUAGUGUUUGGUUAUGCCACAUGUGUAGACGCUGAAGCGUAUGAGGUGAAGAGAGAAGAUGUGUCAAAUGGCAUCUUUAUAAGCUUUCUCAAACGGCGCGUUUGUGAAGACGAGAAGGUCACCGUUAUGCUAGACAGAGUGGCUGAAGACAUGGGUCGCUGUGUAAUCACACGAGGGAGGCAGGCACUGGAGCUCCGCAGUAAUCUUUCUGAAAGACGCUCGCUCACUGACAAGAUACAGGCUACAGACUGUUCUGCAUCCUCUUCAGCUCGAAACCUGCAGUGGGCUAUUGCACAUGUUCUCCCUGAGAGCCUUUACCUCCAGUUUGACUGUGACGUGAAGAUUCAGCUCGGAUUUGCUGCAGAGUUCUCCAAUGUCAUGGUCAUCUACUCUCGCAUACUUGACAAACCCGAAGAAAUCAUUUCCUGCUCUGCUCAGCUUACUGAUUUCCCUGAGGAUGUGGACAUUGAUCUGAAGAAGAGUAAUCAGGAGUCUCUAGUGGAAGCUGGCUGUUUAUUACUGAUAAAAGAGGAACUUCCUUCACCGGAAGCCCACAGUCUCUACACACGCAUCCGCAGCCUGCAGAGACUCAAAAGGGAUCUCACAUUCACAGUGUGCCUUCAUUACACCUAUUCCAACAUGGAUGAAGAAGUACAAGAAAGACAGCAAGUAACAGUCGGCAAACCGCUGGUCUCCAAACUCAAUCUCCAUGAAGCACGACCAUCUCACGGCUGCUCUGCCUCCUCAUCCUUCAGCCUCGACUCCUUUAACAUUCCUGGGUGCUCCUCCUUUGCUGAAGAACCUUCCCCUAGUGGUCCAGCCUCAAACACAUGGUCACAUUAUGCUCCAAGUGGUGGUGCAUCUUUUAAUGAUGGCCCUCUGGCAUCACCCAGGAUUGCCAAUGUGCCAGAGGAGACUGACAGUCCUGGAAUAUCUGAUAACCCUCGAUCCCUUGUUGCCAGCAAAAGCUUACCCCACAGUAAAGUAAAUGACUCAAACUACAAAUUCAGUGACAUGUACAAUUUUCAUUCUUACUAAGAUUAUGCACUAAUAAAUGAGCAGUACAAAAUCAUAAACAUGUGGAAAGCUUGGCAGACAAGACCUGUUAAUGUGGAACUUCAGUAAAUUUGGCCAGGACUCACUGGAACAGUAAGAGGACCCCUCAGCUGUGAUCUUUGUAUCAACUAUGCAUUAAGCUGUAUAAUGUUUUAUAUGAAUUUGUAACAUUGUUAUGCAAUCCAAAGAGUGCCCUCAAAGCAAAA